AUGAAACAACAAAAACAACGACGGAUACCUUUCACUCAAGAAGAAGAUGACCUGCUAUUCCGGUACGUAGCAAGGGUAGCAGAAAAAACUGACCAACUAAAAGGAAAUAAAAUGUAUGAGGCCUUCGCGGUGGAGAAUCCUCGCCAUCCCGCCCAGUCCUGGCGAGAUAGAGCUAUCCGUUGCGUACUCCCCCGAUUGACAUCCACUCCCACCGCUACUACUACUACGACCCAGUCGCCGAACGUUGAUAUAGAGUGGGCUGGGACGAAUACUUUCGAGUUUUGGCAUGACAUUAAAGCGAUUGAAGAGUGGAUACCAUCCGCCCCCGAAGAUUUCCAUAAUCAACACGUCCUUCCUCCGCGUACCGGUAUCGAUUCUAACCUCAUUACAUGGAAACAUGUUGAUGUUCUCGCUUCUUGGAUAGAUCGCAAAGGUCGUGAUCAAUACUACUUCAAACAGAACCAGUAUUUCUUCAAGCUUCUUCUGAGGGGGUCUGUGUCCGGCUUUACGCCAAAGACAUUCCAUGAACUCUGCGAUGCUAAAGGACCAACAGUGAUACUCAUCAAACCAGCCCGUUCCAACGAUCUCAUCGGCGGGUACAAUCCUAUAGGUUGGAUAUCAGAGUACAACAGACAGCUUCCUAUCAAACUGUCUAACAAUAAUGGCAAGAUAUCUCGUGUGAGAAACAAGGAACAUGCGGUCGGAUGGCAUAGCGACUGCGGGCCGGAUUUUGGAUGA